AUGUCUUUUCAAAACAAAAACUUAUACGACUUAUUAGGUAACGAUAUUGAAGACGAAAAUGCCGCCCCAGCUUUACCACCAAAGGUAGUUACCAAGAAGGCCACUACUUCCAAGAAGGCUGAUGCUGCUCCAGCUUCUGCUGACCCAGCUAAGGCCAGAAAGAACAAGAAGGCUCCUACUGGUAACGAAGGUGCUUUAAGAUCUAAGGCUAACAACAAGGACGUUGAUGCCCCAGCAUCCACUCCAACCAAGCAUACCAAGAAGGCUUUCGAUCGUCAUUCUAGAACUGCUAAGGUUGACUCCCCAAAGAAAUUCAAGCAAGGUUGGGGUAACGACGAAACCAGACAAUACGAAGGUGAAGUCGAAGGUGCUCAAGAUGCUGAAGCUGAAUUAGAAGGUGAAGCUGCUGAAGAAGAAGCUGAACCAACUGUUCCUCAAAAGUCUUUACAAGAAUACUUAGCUGAACAACAAGCUAAACAACAAGAAUUAGAAGGUGCUAAGAAGCUCAGACAAGCUAACGAAGGUGCUGAAGAUAAGUGGACUGCCGAAGAAAAGAUUGAAAAGCAACAAGAAGCUUACUUUGCUUCUACUGCUGCCAAGAAGACUAAGGCUAAGGCUCACAAGGAAAAGGUCUUUUUAGAUGUUGAAGCUCACUUUGCUGAUGAACAACCAGCCUUCAACAGCAACAGAGGUGGUGCCAGAGGUGAAUCCAGAGGUGGUGCCAGAGGUGGAUCCAGAGGUGGAUUCAGAGGUUCCAGAGGUGGUGCUAGAGGUGGUUCCAGAGGUGGAAGAGGUGGUGCUAGAGGUGGUAGAGGUAAGGAAACUUCCCCAAAGCCAGCUUUAACUGAGCAAAACUUCCCAUCCUUAUAA